CCGCGAGACGGGCGCGAGGGGUCGGACGCCCCGCGCCUGGCGCUGCCUCAGCCGCAGGGCCCUGCCCUUCUCACAGGAUCGCCGCCUGCCCUUCCCGCCUUCGUUUGCAGUCCUUUGGCCCGGUGGAGAGCGGGUUCCCGAGGCGCGGUGCAGGCUGAGGCGAAGAAGUGCGCGGGAGUUGGAAGCGAUGGGCAGGCGGCGAGUAGGAGGAGGCCUGCGUGCCGAGGCUGACACCGGACGGCACUGCCCGUGAAAAGCUGUUGAGGCCGCCGCGUAUUGUACUGAUCACAGGUCAGCAGCUGGAACACAGGCACGGCACAACCGUCGGUAGUUGCUACUAAAAAGCAACCAAACCCAAACACCUCUCAUCGUAUCCCGAUGAAAAGAACGUGGACUGCUUUGGUUCUGUCACACCAGAGGACAACGUCUCCUGUAAGAUGGUUCCCGGGACCCAAGGUGGCUGCAUUACAAGGAAUUCCUUCUAGGCCGCCAGGACUGUGUCAUGAUACAUUUGGCUUGGCUUGAAUUUACUUCAGUAGCCAUGGGGCUAAUGGAAAAUCAGGCUGCUGUGCCACUUAAUAGAGAAGUAGCCCCGAAUGAAAAAGAAAACCACAGACUGAUGCAUCAAGGUGUGAUGUGGUUGUGGAGAUGUGCAAAGGCUGAGGACUGAUGGACGUAUUGGCUACACUGAUUUGUCUGCAAGUGCUCGCAGAAGCCUGGGCGCGUCCCUGGUAGGAAAUGCCAGCAGACAGCCCCCGUCCAGCAAGCUGCCCAGACGAAAGGUGGGCUUUGAAGUCGUGCAUGCACCUGGUUGCUCCCCUAAUUGCAUCCAGGGUGGUGGAAUUUAGGUCCUAUGCUCUGCAGACAAACGGACAGGCCAGGAGGAAACUUUAUCUAUGAUUCCAACGUUAGGGAGAAGCUUUUGCCUAAAAUCACUGGAUAACCACUGCCAAACUGCAAAGGAUGAUUUGGAAAGUUGCCUUGUCCAUUUUUCUGAUGGCAGUGCUGGUUCGAGUAACAGACACCAGGAAAAACCGUCCUGCAGGCGCCAUUCCCUCCCCUUACAAAGACAGCAGCAGCAACCACUCGGAGCGGAGGCAGCAGCUGAAUAAGGAGGUGCUGGCCUCCAGCCAGGAGGCCCUCGUGGUCACCGAAAGGAAGUACCUCAAGAGCGACUGGUGCAAGACGCAGCCCCUGCGGCAGACUGUCAGUGAGGAGGGCUGCCUGAGCCGCACCAUCAUCAACCGCUUCUGCUAUGGGCAGUGCAACUCCUUCUACAUCCCGCGGCACGUCAAGAAGGAGGAGGAGUCCUUCCAGUCCUGCGCCUUCUGCAAGCCGCACAAGGUCACCUCUGCAACCGUGCAGCUGGAGUGCCCUGAGCUGGACCCACCUUUCCGACUGAAGAAGAUUCAGAAGGUCAAGCAGUGCCGGUGCAUGUCUGUGAAUCUGAGCUCGGGCAAACUGUGAGCGCAGUGUAGCUGCUGCUUGGUGUUGUCUCCACCAGAUUUCUGCUGCCUCUCUUCUACUGAGCAGUCUGCCCGUUUUGUUGGUUUGGUUCUUCUUCUACCUUUUUGUGUGUUUUGUUUUCUUUCGGGAGGCAUCUCUCCAGCAAGGAAAGGUUCCUUGUCACUUGCCUGCUGGAAUAAUGCUUUUUGAUGGGGUCUGUUAGGCACUUCCACCAUAGAGUUCCAUUGUAUUUCCAGUAUCAUCUGGCAGUUGAAUCUUCUGGAGUGAAGCAGGCGCCCAGAAGUUAGGACUGAUUGUCAAGUGACCAGUUGGCUGAAUCCAGCAUUAAUUGUUUCCACUGUGUGGAGUAAAGCCCUCUGCCCUACACUCCAGUCCCCUCCACGAGACAAGAACACCUUUCCCAUGCUUCAGUCUGGAGCUUGCCACACUCACUUGCAAGUGCUGGGGUGCUGCCCAGGACUGGGGGAUGCAGAUGAGGGAGAGUAAGAAGAAGUAAUGUGCAAAGAAGCAAGCGAGACUCUCCGAUGAGGCACAUCUCCUUAAGACUGCUUUAACUGUGCAAUGAGAAACGGUUCCUGGCUUCUUGUCUGAACAGCAGAUAAGAAGUGAAGGGGAGAGGGUGAGGCGCUGGGUCAGCCACCAUGACCACAGAGCAGACUGAGGGUGUGUUUUGAUGCUGUUGUGGUUAGAGUAUAUUGAACACAUGGUCUCUACAGUGUUUAUUUUGUAACCUAACUGUAGUAAACAGCUGUUUAAAGUAUUACAGACCUAGCCAUGUAUAUUUUUCUUGUGGCAGAAUAUGACAGAGAUUAAAUAUAUUGAGUAAGAGACUUGGUUGCUAGAUCAGCUGCCUGUCUUAAAAUGGACGUGGUUUAACUAAGCUUGCCAUAGGCUUUUGUGUGUUAGAUAAUAUGCAUGUGUAUUUCUUACUUCAAAAAGGACAGCAUCUGUUUGUGACCUUACAUUUGUGCCUGCUCAGACUAGGGAGGAUUAUGGGAGAGGAGCUGAGAACACUUAAGGAAUGAUGUUUCCCUUAAGGUAUAAAAACACUGUCACAUCAAGCCCAAAAUUUGGUAAUUGCUGGACUAAAUACAAAAGCUUCAUCAGUAUCAUCAGGCUUUGGGAGUGGUGUCUCACCAGUGAUUGGAAACCAUGUUAAUGUGUUAAAGGACAAACCUGUCAGGCAGUGCUGCUGGAAUGGGAUACAGAUGUAGGAGCAGGGAGAGAGUAAGUUGUAAUGGUUACAUUAUUGGUGGUCCACUUGGUUUUUGAGUCCUACAUAAUCAGUGUUGGUGACCACUUGCAGUUCAUUUUAAGUCGUACGAUGUUGUGAUUCAGUCGAGGGAGUUUAGCAUGUCCUGUAUAUCCCAUUUGUUAUAGUUCUGAGCUGUAUUAGUCCCAGCUGCAUUAAAGUCCUGUGUCUCAAAACAAGCCAGCCCCUUCUCCCAAACCAAAGCCCAUGCGUGCUCAGUUGUCUGAAGCUUACAAAUUAAAGCUGACACACCAGCUCCCUGAUGCACGGCUCACAGGUCGGCAUCUGCAUCUAGUGAAGGCAGCUUGCUGUGGGAGCCCUUUCCCACCAGCCUCUUCACAUGCAGCCACUUCAAGGGGUUAAUGUGUUUAGCACUCACCAGCCCGGGGUUCAGUGCCACAGGCCUCUAUUAUGUGAGACAGGCUGCUCUAAGAGGCUUUCAGGACUGAGCUGCAUGAGAGCUCACCAAGCGAUUUAUGGGGAUUGGCACGGGCAGGAUGAGGUUGGUCAGGUCUGUUAGCCCUAUUACCUAAACGGCCAGGGCUUUUCUGCUGUGGUCUUUCAGUGUGUCAGAAGUACACAGGGAGACUCCUCGUGGAGGGAUUGCUUUAGAGGCUGUUGCUGCUCCACUGCCAGCAUCGUGCCGGCCACCAAAUGGGCACCGUUCAGUCUAGACUGGGAGUUUGAUGUGAGUACUUGAGGGAGUGUGACUACUAAGAGUCCAGGGAUCUCAGUCUCCCCUUGAAAGAAAUGAACUGAAAGUCAAGCAUUUGGGACUAGAGAGAGAGAGAAAAGUACACUAGUAACUUGAUGAGAAUGUGCAAGAAGCUUUAUAAACUACGUCCUGCCUGGGGUUCUCACCAGUUUGCAAUAUGAAUAUGCUGCAGCUUAAAGCUCCUUUCAGGAGCUGUGUUUAUGUAAAAACUAAGUUGAGCUUGUAAUGGAUAAAAUUGUAUUUAAUUCUUGUUUUAUAAAUGAAAAGAAAAAAAAAAGGAGAAAUGCUUUAAGUAUAAUGUAAUUAUUUUAUAGGUCUACUAUUAAAUUAUAGAUUAAAUAAUAAAGCUACUCUAGGGUUAUAUGGCA